UUGACCCGGAAGUGAUUACGAUAAAAAAAAUAUUUUCAAUGACAAUAGAACAUGUGUUUAUGAACAUUUUAACAGCUUUUUUUGCGUAAAUCAUUUACAGAGAAAUGGCUUCUCCGAACCAUAGCCCGGGUGUAGAAGGGGCCGUCAGGGUAGCGGCUUCGCCAGCAGGUAAAACUCAGACGUUGGUGUUGGUUUCUAGCCUGGCCGGGCUCCGCGGUAAGAAGAGACCUGCUAACACCGCCACCUCUCCUGCUGUACUGGCCAGUGGGAACAACAGCAAGAAGAAGAAAUUUCAGCCCAUCGCAAACCCGACACAAGCACAGGUGACUGCAGUGGAGGCGGUGUCUGAGGGAAAGGCAGUGGGUGUGUCUGACGCUGUAGGUCCAGCCACAACGGAACCAGCAGCCAAACCCCUGCCCUUCAAAGACCCGAUAUUUGUGCAUUCAGGGAUAGGGGGAGCUGCAGCAGGAAAAAAGAACCGGACCUGGAAAAACCUGAAACAGAUCCUGGCAGUGGAACGGACUCUACCCUGGAAGAUCAAUGACCCCAAUUACUACAGCAUCGAUGCCCCUCCCUCCCUGAAGCCAGCCAAGAAAUACUCAGACAUCUCUGGACUCCCUGCGAACUACACUGACCCCCAGACCAAGCUGAGGUUCACGUCAUCUGAGGAGUUCUCCUUCCUGCGCCUGCUCCCCACUGACGCCGUCACCGGUUACCUGGCGCUACGCAAGGCCACCUGCAUUGUACCCUGACCGCAAGGCCUGCUGGGAGAUGGGAGUUCAGCCUGUGGCUGUCCUGGCCUGGGAGGGACAUUGACCAUUAGGGGGAACAAUGUCUAGGAGGUGUCUGAGACUCUCUGGGAGAGGGACCAACAGGGACUGUCACAGAGAGAGGGACCCAAUGGACACCUUGGGCCCCCUUUCGACAACAAGGGAAGCGCCUCUAGUGUCGAGACUAUCACUCCCAAUCUGGCUGAUGUCAUGAUGGGGAUGUCUACACAGACCUUUUGAGCUGGCUACUGUCUACACAGACCUUUUGAGCUAGCUACUGUCUACACAGACCUUUUGAGCUGGCUACUGUCUACACAGACCUUUUGAGCUGGCUACUGUCUACACAGACCUUUUGAGCUGGCUACUGUCUACACAGACCUUUUGAGCUGGCUACUGUCUACACAGAGCUUUUGAGCUGGCUACUGUCUACACAGACCUUUUGAGCUGGCUACUGUCUACACAGAGCUUUAGAGCUGGCUACUGUCUACACAGACCUUUUGAGCUGGCUACUGUCUACACAGAGCUUUUGAGCUGGCUACUGUCUACACAGACCUGAGUUGGCUGUCUACAGGAAAAACAAUCAAGUGAAUAACUUGACCUUCCUAUGAUGAUUGCUCCUUGAUCUGUCUGAAAUCAUAUUUCUGUUUGUCAUGUUGCUGUAUGAUGAUAGUGUUGCUACUUGUUUUAUCUGCCCUCUGUAAGAUAACACCGCAACACUCAACAUAUUGUUACCUGUUUUUAAUUUAUUUAAAAAACAAAAUACUUAUCAUCCUUACUGGACAAACUAGUUGUGCCACAUUCUGUAAUCACUCUGUACUACCACCUGCUGUAAGGAGAUUUGACAGCUUUAAAAGAUGACUUUCUCUUUAGGAUGCAGUUCUUUUUUGUCUUGGGAGCAAGAUGGGGAGAUGAGGUAGAGAAGAGACUUCCUAACGUAUUUUCUGGGGCUGGGCUAGCUGGCUAACUGUAGAGAGCAACAGUCCAAUGGCUGCUGCUGUGUGACAACAGGUGCUACCGGCCUCAGGGUCACAAAUCAGCGUGGCCAAAAUAAGUCAGGCCCCAGCGAGAAUUGAACUCGCGACCCCUGGUUUACAAGACCAGUGCUCUAACCACUGAGCUAUGGAGCCUUACUUGUAUAGCAACUCAGAGACUAGGCUAUUUAAUACCACACCCCUACUGGCUACAAUGCAGAUGCCACACUUCAGUAAUAUGUCAGACUCCUUGUAUAAACACAAGUAACGAUAGCUGCCGGUAUCAUCCCACAAAGCCUUCAGAACAGCGAUUGUAAAUGAUAUCAAGUGAGUACCACAUUGAGAUAUACUAAGACCCAAGACAGGGUUUAGGCUCAUCAAUGAGUUUGGCAGAAAGAAGAUUACACCGAGCUACCCAGAGAGACAAGAUUAUGCUUGUACUGGAUCUCUGCUUGUGUCUUUCUGUGUAGAUCUGUUAUCGUUCAGUCUAGUUUGAACUGUGAACUGUGUUUGACCAUUCACAGAAAGCUUUGAGGAUGAAAUUAUUGACUGGGCCAGGAAAAACAAACAAGAUUUCAAAGGGUUUAUCAAAAAGCCAAUAGAAGAAGACUGGAUUUAUCCUGACUUCUGAGUUCUAAAUAGAAAAAUACAGUAGAUGUGACAGUGCCUCCUGGUGGUAUAAAGUGGUUAAAACAGGAUUAUAAACUGGUUCAAGUCCUGAAUGCUGAUUGACUGACAGCCAUGUUAUAUCAGACCAUAUACCACUGGUAUGAUAAAACAUGUAUUUUCACUGCUCGAGUUACUUUGGUAACCAGUUUAUAAUAGCAAUAAGGCACCUUGGUGGUUGUGGGAUAUGGCCAAUAUACCACGGCUAAGGGCUGUAUCCAGGCACUCUGCGUUGUCGCGCAUAAGAACAGCUCUUAGCCGUGGUAUAUUGGCCAUAUGCCACACCUCCUUGUGCCUUAUUGCUUAAAUAUAGUGCUUAGUUCACCAGAGGAGUCCUCUACUCUCCUGGGGCCUCAUUUACAAACGUUGCUAGGCACAAAAAGCGUACGUCACUUUCUAAGCAAACUUUGGGAUUCAUAAAAAACUAAUUUGACAGGAGAAUGUGCGGUCCUCCAUGGACACUUUGGCCCAUAUGUACGCACAUAAACUGGAGAAAGGAGAAACUGCGACUCCGAUGGCAGAAGGAUGAAACUCGAGAACCGCUUUGAAAUUGAUACCAUUGUGUAAAAUAAAUCAAAAUAUUACCUCUCA